AUGGACAAGACGCAGCGGCCGGUCACGGAGGAGGAAGUGUACACUUCGCCGCGAAAAGGAGGCGUCAUGAACAAGCUGUACCCUCCUGGACCCAAGCCCGGCGCUGGAGGACGAGUAAAGAACCACUGCAGGAAGUUCUGGUGGUGCGACUGCCUCGUUUUGAUUAUCAUCGUACUGGUCGUUGUACUACCGCUGAUCUUUGUCGGCCUGCCGAAGAAGGCGCAGAAGGAGAUCAAUGCGUCCACUCUGGAGGUCACCAACAUGGAAGUCACGAACCCUCAACCCGACUCUGUACAUCUCAAGAUCGACAACACCAUCCGCAGCGACAGCAGUUACCACCCCAGGAUCGAGACUUUCCGUGCUGGUCUGUCCCUCGAGGGCCAAGAGCCAUUCAUCUACAUCGACAUCCCCGAAGCAAAGUCUGAAGGCGUGACAUACAUCACCGUAGACCAGGUUGCGACCUUCGAAAGCGCCGACCGCUUCACCGCAUACACCAAAGCCGUUCUCGCCAGCGAAGAGCUCACCAUCGACCUCAGCGGCAAGACAACAAUCCACAUCUCAGGUCUGCCCUCAACAAAGGUCGACUACAACAAGAAGAUCACCAUGAAAGGUCUAAACCACCUCUCGGGCCUCACCAUCAGCGACAUCAAGAUCCUGUCGGGCUCCAAGGAGAUCCUUGCCGACGGCUCCAACAUGGUGGGCACAGUGCACAUCCCCAACCCGUCCGUCAUGACGCUGGACCUGGGCAACGUCACGAUGAACCUCGGCGUCGCGUCCAAGCCCAUCGGGUAUGCGCUGCUGCCGGACCUGGUGCUCCAGCCCGGCAACAACACGGUGCCGAUGCAGGCCCGCGUCGACCAGGCCACGCUGAUCACCAUGAUCAUGGGCACGUACACGGACGGCAUCCUGCCGCUGGAGAUUGUCGGCAACAGCAGCGUCAAGGGAGCCCAGCAUCUGGCGUACUACGAGGAGGCGAUCAAGGCGAAUACGAUCAAGCUGGAUCUGGAUGCGGGGCCGGCGCUGAAGGCGCUGGGUAUUAAUGUCACGAGCUCUGCGUAG